UCCGCCAUAUUGGCUGCCCAUAUUGAACGAAAGUUUUCGACAUUUUGUUUCGGUACUACGUUUGUUAUUUUGAUAUUAUUGUCUGAAUAAUCUAUUCUAAGAGUUUGUUACGCCUCAGAGUACGAGCCAUGGAUUCUCUGGUAGGCUACGGAAGUGACGAUGAGCACGAAACCGAUCGCUAUGGUGGUCAUCACUCAUCGGGCGCGGGGCGGCGGCGCGAGGAUGACACCAACUACGAGGAAGUCAACAUGGACAUGAGCGAGGACUCGCAGCAGGAGUCGGAGCCCGAGCUGCCGCAGGCGGAGCGCCCCAACGACCGCGGCUCCGGUAAGGCCGACAGUCGCGAUCGCGAAAGAUCACGCGGGAGCUCCCGAGACCAUCGAGAUCGUCGCCGCGAGUCCCCGCGGCGUGAUCGCGAACGUGAUCGUCGAUCGCCCCGGCGCGAUGACAGAUCUAACAGAUCGGACAGACCGGACCGCAGCCGCGGCCACGAAGCCCCGCGCCGCGGGCUGCUGGGCGACCGGCCCGGGGACAGGCCGGACAAGCCGCCGGCGCUCAUGGACUUGAAGCUCGGGCACGACGCCCGCGACGCCGUGUCGCCCAGAUUUGUUGAUCGCGAUCGUCGCGACAGAGACAGAGGAUCGCGAGAACGCGACCGUGACAGAGACAACAGAGAGGGUCGCUACAGAGACCGCCGUGAUGAUGAUAGAAGGUCCCGUGAACCCCGAGAUUCCCGUGAGCCCCGUGAGUCCCGCGAGCCCCGCGAGUCCCGCGAGCGCCACGAGGAGCGCCCGCGCCCGCGCCCGCGCGCCCCCGGGGCCGCCUUCCCCCCGCCGUCGCAACAUGUCGCCGGCAGCUCCGGGUACAGCGAGCGCCGCGGCGACGGUGACUACAAACCUUCUUCAUUCAAAGUCAACAGAAAACUGGAGGUUAUGGAGAAAAUGGGUCUGCAGAUCAAGACCCCCGACGGGUCCAUGGCGACGGCGCAGCAGCUGCGCGCGGCGGCGCACGAGCCCGGGCACGCGGCGCCGCUGCCCUCCUAUUACAACCCUCAGGCUAAUAAAAUACUCGAUCAGGUGGCAAAACGCAAGCUCCUAUGGGCACACAAAAAAGAAGAAAAGUCUGAAGCUGAAAAGGCGGCGCCCUGGACCGGUACCCGCUUCGCGGCCGACCAGGACGGCAAGCAGGCCUCCAAGUUCAUGCGGCUCAUGGGCAUCAAGGACCCUGACGCAGUCAAACAAGAGGUCCCAGAAAAAACCGCAGACCCCAUCAAAAAGCAAGAGGAACUGUUCCAAGCCAUGCAAGCGCAGUACGAGGUCGCGCGAGCCACCACGCACACGAUGCGGGGCGUAGGCCUCGGGUUCCAGCGCGGACAGUACUAGUGCUAGUGCCUCGUGUGACGGACUUAAUCUUAUAUUAAGCGUUUUAGUAUCAUAGGACUGUUCCACGGCAAGAUUGAACACAACAGUCACACAGGAAUUUCCAGAGAUAGCAGACCCUAUCAAAAAGCAAAAGGAACUGUUCCAAAGCCAUGCAAGCGCAGUACGAGGUAGCGCGAGCCACCGCGCACACGAUGCGGGGCGUAGGCCUCGGGUUCCAGCGCGGACAGUAUUAGUGAAUGGAGGUGAAUGGAAUAAAUGUUUAUUUUGGGGUCAUUGAUAAAUGAAUGAGUAUUCAUAAAGUUGCAAAAUAUUGUGGCUUCAAAUUCGCACAUAGCCAAUACGGCCCUGUACAUUAUGCGGUCUCUAGUUGUCAAACUGUAAUUUGACUAUACAACUACCCCUAAAUGGCGCCUUACAGCGUCAUCUAUAUUCUGUUUUUUUAUUCCGUAGACUAAAAUGACAUUUCAUGUGGUAGUAAGAAAUGUCAUGUAUUACACAUGAAACGUCAUUUUAGUUUACGGCAUGUUUACGGAAUGAAAAAAACAGACCUUACUUUAGUUAACUUUGCGAUUACAAUAUUUUGCCUCGCUAUACGCAUCUUAGCAUAUUUUUUAUCUAUGGUUGUCGUGAGUGAAUGUAUAUUUGAAUGCUUUGACAGAAAUCACAGACAAUGAGGUUGGCAACUGUCAAAGGUUUGCAGAGAUGGCGCCAUCAUAACUUGCCCCUUUUUCUCAUGGAGACAUCCAUACUUUUUCUGUGAGAUUUGGCUUGGGCUGGCAUCCAGGGCAUUAAAAAACCAAAGAUUUGACACUGUUCUAGGGAUUAAUACUUCGACCGGCUCAUGGAGACUAUAUACCAUCCAUAGACCGGCCAACCCCAUUGUGCUGAUAGAUUAGAAAUGCAAGCAGUUUUUUUUUCUAAUGAAAGUAUCUGGUUUUAGAAGUUUGUUCCAUCCACUGUGGUUUAUACACUGGAAGCAUGAGAAGAAUGAUAAUCUAAAUGUCUUCCCUCUAGUCCCAUAUUGGUUUGUAAUAUAAUCUGGAAAAUCGCUCUCAUAUAAUAAUAUACGUCUAUUUUUUUACGUGCUGACAACUGAACCAGGCUAAUAAUACAAUUUUAAAAUAUAACCUAAUAUUUGUUUUCAAAACUAUAAUAUAAUAAGCUAUAACUGGUUUGUGUACUGAACGGGCUUCAAACGGCCAAAAUUCCUAUUCCAUUCUAAAAUUUGUGAAAAUAUUGUCUCAUAAUAUGUCUAUUUUUUAAGAAAUAAAUUUUUGUAUAUCAACAUUUUUGAAUGUAUAAUUUUUUUUAUCAGUACAGAUAUGUGGCACAUAUUUUUUCUCUGUAAACAUUAUAAAAGUAAAGUGCGUAUCAAUUUAUAAGUAUGGUAAAGUGUAAAAUAUGUGCAUUUCAGAGGGCUCUGUGGAAGUUAGGUCUGUAUGUAAAAUUAUUAUCACUUAAAGUUACACAUCAUACAGUUUGUAUGAUGUGUAACUUUAAGUGAUAAUAGACAAUAGUUUUUUUUUUAUCUAAUAUUGAUUACUACUAAUAAAAAGUUAUGUAUGUUUCGUUAAAUACUUGAAAUUUAUCUAAAUACCAAGAGCAUUUUUUACUUAACACUCAGUUGUUCCUUUUCUACCUAGUCUAUUGCGAAAUGGACACAAAAAGUACCUAAUAAGGGAAACAAAUUAAACUGAGGUGUGUACGAUGUUUUUUUAUAUUGUCUUAAAUUUACCCGUGUCACUAACGGACUCACUUACAUCUGUAUUCAUAAGAAACCACAAUGACUCGGUCAUUCCACCAAUAGGUACAUUUUGUAUUUAUGCCAUUGGUUGAACGCCGAACGACUGAGUCUUCGUCAUUUUUACAAGUUCCAUAUGUAAUAUAGACCGCUCUAGAAUAAAAGGCACAUUUUUAUUGUUUUCUGCCUAAAUAAAGUGAGCUGCCUUUCUAGCACUAUUGGUCCGACUCUAAUUUCUAUAUUGAACCACGUCUGAUUAUCUAUUGAUAAUGCUAGUGUAGAUACUACCUGCUAUUUGUGUGAUAAAUUAUAUUCUAGUGAGAAAUAAUUAUUGUGUGGUCACAGAUCUUCCUGUAAUGCUGAUAGUUGUAAUUCCUAGUAGACAUAGGAAACGGUAGUCAUAGUCCAUGCAAUGAUUAUUAUUAUUAAUUUAUAUGUAAGGUAAUAAAUGUUAUUAUUAAUUUA